AUGUUCCGGUGGAUAGCACUAGCCAUUACGCUGAUGAUUUGUGUCCAGGCUGAGGAAGAUUGGACAGGUCAAUGGUUCCCCAAUGCACCAAAAUCUCUUGCCUUGGAGGCAGGCGAAACAGUAAAACCUGUUGACAACGCACUACCGAUGGAAGAAGACAAAAAAGAUCAAUCGUCCCGCGUUGCCAUGGGAAUAGAAAAUCCAGAUUGUGAUGAUGCAAAGCACGGUCUGGCGAUAGAUUUCGAUCCAUAUAAUGUAACCCAUUCCACCGUGUAUAUGUGCCUUGAGCCAAAAGCGGACUACAAAGGCGAUUACAACAUGGAUGCUGUUAUUACGGAGCACAAUGUACCGCCUGCAUACGUGGCCAAUCAUCGCUGUAUGAACAGCAGUAUAGAAUAUGUGGAAAGGAUUCCCUCUUAUGGAACGCACCGUCCGCUUUGGCCGAAAUAUGGGGAGUAUAGAUAUGUUCCACCACAGCGAUGGCUGCACAGUAGUGAACACGGUGCCGUAAUUGCUCUCUACCAUCCAUGCGCCAAUAAGCAACAGGUGGAUGAAUUGAAACAUAUUGUAAAGGAUUGUCUUUACCGGCAUGUGAUAACACCUUCCCAGCUGCCCAGCAAAGACCGUCCGUUUGCACUUGUCACUUGGCACGCAACGCUAGAAUUUUCUGUUCUCGAGCGAAAAAUUGUGGAAUCGUUUAUUACAAAGUACGCACUAAAGGGACCGGAACAAACGCACCGCGAUGGGCAAUACGAACACCUGUUACUGGAAGCGGCUAAAGUGGUAUCGACGAUUGAGGACAGUGUGUUGUGUCCUAAGAAACAACGAGACUAA